AUGAGAGAAUAUAAAGUAGUGGUAUUGGGACCAGGUGGUGUCGGAAAGAGUGCAUUAACAGUACAAUUCUGUCAUUCAAAAUUUGUUGAAAAAUAUGAUCCAACAAUAGAAGAUUUUUAUCGAAAAGAAAUUGAAGUCGAUGGAGAACCUGCCUACUUGGAAAUAUUAGAUACGGCUGGUACUGAACAAUUUGCUUCUAUGCGCGAUUUAUAUAUAAAAAAUGGUCGCGGGUUUUUAGUGAUAUUUAGUUUAACAAACUGGCAAAGUUUUUUAGAUAUACGAACUGUACGCGAACAAAUAUUGAGAGUAAAAGGAACCGAUAAUGUGCCAAUAUGUUUAGUUGGCAAUAAAAAUGAUGCAUCAACACAACGUGCAGUAUCACAGCAAGAUUCAUUAAAUUUAGCACAACUAUGGAAUUGUCCUUACAUUGAAACAUCAGCCAAAACUUCAUCUAAUGUAAAUGAAAUGUUUACCGAAAUUGUUCGAGAAAUUAAUUCACGUUUAAAAUUAAAGAAAAAUAAACGAAAAAAGUCAAAAUCAUCAUCGAUGUUGACUUGUUGUUCCACAUCGUAA